AUGGCGGCAGACAAGAAGGAGGUUGCCGACGACACGAUCCUCUUAAUCAGCUCCGACGGCGAGCACUUUAACGUGCCGUCGGCGGCGGCGAGCCUGUCGCAGCUCGUCUCCAACAUGAUCGAGAACGACUGCACGACGAACGGGGUGCCUCUCCCCAACGUCGCCUCCAAGGUCCUCGCCAAGGUCAUCGAAUACUGCGUCAAGCACGCCGCCGCCGCGGAGGACGAGGAGAAGGAGCUGAAGAGCUUCGACGCCGAGUUCAUGAUCGACGUGGACAAGAACAUGCUGUACGGCUUGCUCCUGGCGUCCAAUUUCCUGAACAUCAAGAGCUUGCUGGAUUUGUGCUGCCAGCACACGGCGAACCUGAUCAAAGGCAAGUCGCCGGAGCAGAUCAGGAAGGAGUUUGGGAUCAAGAACGACUUCACGCCGGAGGAGGAGGAAAUCCGCAAGGAGAACACAUGGGCGUUCGAGUAG